AUGGGCGAUUAUAUACACACAAACAUUGCCCAGGACAAUGUGGCGAUGGUGCGGCUCGAGCUGGCACAGAACGAUCAGAUACCGCUGCGCCGACCAUUCGACCCGCUCAUCCACGACUUGGACCCGCACUUUAAGUUGACCAGGUUCGCUGACCUCAAGGGACGCGGGUGCAAAGUGCCCCAAGAAGUGCUCAACAAGCUCCUGGAGGGUUUCCAGCAGGAUGAAAACGGUCAUGGCGAACAGUCGCACUUCAUGCACAUGACCAUGACCAAAAUUGGUAUUGGAAUGGACGCCGCCGUUGUGCCCAUUAGGCACGGUGGCCUGUCGCUAGUGCAGACGACCGAUUAUUUUUAUCCACUUGUUGAUGAUCCAUUUGUUAUGGGCAAAAUUGCCUGUUCCAACGUACUGAGCGACCUGUAUGCCAUGGGCGUGACCGAAUGUGACAAUAUGCUCAUGUUACUGUCUGUAUCGACCAAAAUGACUGAAAAAGAACGUGAUGUUGUGAUACCGUUAAUAAUGAAAGGUUUUAAAGAAACAGCUUAUGAAGCUGGUACUACGGUGACGGGUGGACAGACCGUUGUAAAUCCAUGGUGUACCAUUGGAGGUGUUGCAACUACUGUAUGUCAACCAAACGAAUUUAUCAUACCAGACAACGCUGUAGUCGGUGAUGUUCUUGUACUGACCAAACCUCUUGGAACACAGGUAGCUGUAAAUGCACAUCAAUGGGUUGAUCAACAAGAUAAAUGGAAUCGAAUAAAACUAAUUGUUUCAGAAGAUGACGUGAGGAAAGCUUAUCAACGUUCCAUGGACUCGAUGGCUCGUUUAAAUAAAACUGCAGCCAAAUUGAUGCACAAAUACAAUGCUCAUGGCGCAACAGACGUCACUGGUUUCGGACUAUUAGGUCAUGCCCAAACAUUAGCGAAACAUCAAAAGAAUGAAGUAUCGUUUGUCAUUCACAAUCUUCCAGUAAUUGCCAAAAUGGCAUCAGUAGCAAAGGCAUGUGGCAAUAUGUUCCAAUUGUUACAAGGUCAUUCAGCAGAGACAUCAGGUGGACUUUUAAUUUGCUUACCAAGAGAACAGGCUGCAGCAUAUUGCAAAGAUAUUGAAAAAGUAGAAGGGUAUCAGGCAUGGAUCAUAGGUAUCGUGGAGAAGGGCAAUCGAACUGCUCGAAUAAUAGAUAAACCUAGAGUAAUUGAAGUCUCGGCUAAAGAAAAGAUGGAGAACUGUGGUAGGACUGUAAUUAAAUUAGUGCCAUGA